AUGUGUGAUAAUAAUGAUAGCCCAAAAAAUAGUAGUUGUUAUAAAUCUACGCCUCCGACAAAUAGGAAAGUGCGGAAUCCUUUUGAUAAAGCUUUGAUUGAUAGGCUACAUAAGCCGAUAUGCAGUCCGGGGAUGUGCAAGAUUUACAAGAAGAAGAGCAGCGGUUCGUUCCGCUGGGAAAUAGACCAAGCUUGUAAUCUGGUUCCUGCCGAUAUCGUCGCUUGCAACAGCCAAUUCGAACCGUCCCCUGACCCCGCUUUGGAGAGAAUCGCUGAAGAAGCAACAGAGAAAUUUUUCUCUCAAGAAAUGGUAAUGCCUAGUCCUCUCGAGUCUUCCAAGAAAGUGAAGCCCUUGCAAACCUCUACUGGCUCUAGUCUUUACAUAAGUUUUGCCAAGGAAAGCGUCAUCACAAGGGAAGUUUCAGCUCAAACUGUUCUCACAUUGCCGCCGGAGCUGCCUCCUGAAAUCGAGAAAAUACUGCAGCCCUUCUGCACUUUUACACAGGAGCAGAAUAUCUCCGGCGAAUAUGAGAUUACGGCGAACGGAUCGCUGCGGCGGAAACUGUUCUUCGAGGAACACAGUGAUAUGGAGCACUAUGACUCGGAGCAAACCGACGACGAGAAUCACGCAGAACGCCCGCUUUCUAGCUACGAGGCGCAUACGCCCAUCGCCUUUAGUCCUGACCUUAGCCAAGAUGUAGUAACAAAAGGUAUGAAGCGUACAUUUGGUACACCACUCAACAAACACGGUGCUGCCAAAACGUACCGCAACAAGAUUCUGGACCACGUUGAUUUGGGCGAGCCGUGUUUCAGUCCUAUUGAGUUUCGGACAACGACUGGUUUUCAUACUCCGAAGCGAGACCAAGAUACUGCUACGUCAUCGUCGCUUGCCUCUACUUCUAUUUCGCCUGUUACGAAGACUUCUAGUGAUGAAGAGAAAAACAAUUUCACAUCCCCCGAGUCGGAAGCGAUGGCAACUUGCCUUGAUUGCAUAGAACCAAAGAGCGAAGAAAAGAUAGGGCCAUGCUUCUGCAAAAAGACACCAAACAAAUUUAUUCUCAAGCGAAGUGCGUCUCUAAAGGAAUCCCCACCGAAAAGUCGAAAAGGUUCAUUUUCCUUUGCUGAGAAACGAAGCCUUAGUAUGUCAAGUUUGAAUCGCAGUCGCUCCGUUCAGAAACUCGACUUCAGUAUGGAUAUGAGCGUUGAUGGGUCGUUCCAUGAUCACUCACAUGCCGACUCGGAAUCCAGCCCUAUAGAAGACAGGAACCUAAAAAGUGCUUCACCAGAGGACACGUGGUCUAUCGUAGAAGAGACCAGCUUAGGAAAAGAAUUACGCAUCCCAAAAGACAUACAGUCGUCUACAAAAUUACAUGCAAACAUCCUUGAAGACACACCCGUAAAGAACAAAUGCAAGAGUAUAAUACUGUCACGUGAUAUUACAAAAAUUCGUGCGCCCGCAUUGAGUCCUUUGAACAUGUCUUUAGAUAAUAGUAUAGAAAAUGACAAUCCACUAAGUUUAGAAGAUAAGAAGAUAGACUUUAACACCGUUGAUCUCAAAUUUUUGACUGAUAAUGUGUCGCAUUUUGAAUUUACUAGCAACACAACUAAAGUCGAUAAUAAUAGCUCAACUAGUUUUAAGAGAGUUGACAGUGGUUUCAAUGAAAAUACAUUUUACGCAAACGCUUCAAGCUAUUACGAGAGUGCCAUAAAGCCUUCAGAACUAACUGUAACUAAUGUUUCUAAGUUGAACUCAAGUAAGACUGCCUUGAAAGAGAUCUCUAAUUUACCUUGGAUGAGAGUCGAUAGCGGUUUCAAAGACGAAACUUCAGCAGAUAGUAUGCAUUUUUACUCUACCGAUGAGAAUUCGUUAAAGGCUGGUAAUAAUUUCCGUUUUUCCGAAGCACGUUUGGAUCACAAAGAGAAUGUGGCAACGGAAAACUUUGACAGAUUCCUUGUUCAGGCCGGUGGUAAAAACGAAACGAUGUCUAUGUCUGAUAUUUUCUCCGACGACAUGACAUUCAACUGCAACUUUUCGUCGACUCCCUCCAAAAAUAAAACUCGAAAAUGCCUAUGAGUGACUAUGUUUUUGAUAGAGUGCGUUUUUUAUAAGACUUAUGAAUUUUAGAUGCAUUUACAUAGGCUAGACUGUUUUGACGCUAUAUUGUAGGCAAUUUUAAAGAAUUAUGUACGUUUGUUUUUUUUUAAAUUAGGUAUGUAUGACUAAGUAGUUAAUAUUUUGCAUGAAAUUAUUAUUUUUAUAACUUUUGACAUUGACUUACAAUUAUAUGGACGUCGGGUCCGCGCUAAAAAGUGUCCGCACUUGUAAGGCGCUAAAUCCUAUACAGAGCG